AUGUUUGCGCCCCAAAAGGACAAGUCUCGCGCAAGAUCACAAAAGAAAUCAUCUAAAUCCACCAAGAAGGGCCUUAACAACCGUGUUGGCUUCAAUUCCAAGGAGAUAAACCCAUCCGGCCCCUCACCAGGAUCUAACAGCUCGAUCAAUCCGCUGGAAAUCGCUCCGAAGGACAUCUUGAAUGGCGAUGACUCAACAAUUGGCCACAAGACCCUGAUGCCGGCUUCUGGUGCCUUCUCUGGAUCAGACAACUUGGAUGAUCAGCGGAAUUCAACCCAAGAGGACGUCUUUGACAAUGAUGAUUCAAUGGUCGGCCAGAAAUCCAUGAUCAACGACAGCCAAAUCGAUCCAAAUCUAGAUACUGCAUCUCUGACCGAUCAUCUGAUGAUUGGUGAGCAAGUUCCGGACACCCCGGGACGUGGAGGAAUAAUUCGUGGCGCUAUAUCCGCGGCAAUGUGCUCCUUCUGCGAUGAAGUGCUCCCCGACAACCCCUCUGGCCGGUUUGUCAAGCAGAACCAAUAUCUGACCGGCCUACGUGAGGCCAAGCGUCGAUUUAGUUCUAAAAAUCCCCAGGCUUUGCACCUACCAUUCCCCAGGACCGCCGAUCAUUGUCGACUGCACCGCGCAGAGCUAGAGGUGAUACCUGCGGGCGUGAGGCAAGGGUGGCCCUUGAACAUUGACUUUGAGAUUCUCACCUGUCGGGUUACUUCGCAAGAUUUAUACCUGCGCCAAAUAUGUGCUAGGGAAGUGCCAUCUGGGUUCUUUGAUGUGGCCUUGGCCCACUGGAUAACCCUUGGGCCCCGAGGUGUUCAAACCAUGGCACAUGAGAUGGCAACUUUCCAUGUGGAGCAGCCUGGCUAG